UUAUAUAAUCUAUUCAUCUCUUGGAUCUUAAUUUAUCGAUAUUUUUUAAUUACAAUUGGCAGGUAUCUUCGAAAGUACAAUCGUCGAUACCGAGAAUAAACAUAAUAUAUCAAAAAUGUACACAAUUUGACAAAACGAAAUACUUGGAAUAUAUAUUUAAUAAAAUUCUACAAUUCUCUCCAUUUUAUAAGUUGCAAGAAGGUGUCUAUUUGUCGCCGAACAGCAAAAAAUUUACAAAAAUAUUCGAUAAAUUGGAGAAUCCUUUUGAGAAAGACUCGAUCUUGAACAGGCCAUCUACCGUCAACUAUCAAAAUUUCAACUUCAUCAGGCAACAAGUCUCCACUUACAUUUUGAACAGACGAUUCCCCAUUCACCUGAAACGUUUAACGUUAACGAAACCGUUGGCGAUCAACAAUUACUCGAAGAGGAACUUUUCGAAUUUCAAACUCGUGAAAGAUGGCUACGAGAAAUAUUACAAACAGAUUCUAGAAAAAUGCGAGAAACGAACAAGCGACGAAAAGUCAGGGAAGAAGAUCCCUUUCAAACUCGUGAAAAAAAGUCCCAAGCGUAAAUCCUCGAAGAACAAUCAAGAGGAGGAGAAAAUUGUCUCGGAUAACGUCCUGAAAAAAUGUUCGGCCGAAGAAUCGCUUAACAGUUGCGAGCAAGCGCAACUUAUAAACGAGAAGUGUAUUCGUAUGAUAGAAAAGUCGCGUCACAAGAAGGCGGACAAAUGCAAAGAUGCUCGAAAGGAGUGUCAAAAGAUCCUCAUGGAGCACGAUGCCCAAAAGAUGUCCAAAGAGAAGGACGAGAAACUACUGAUGAAGGACGAGUGUCAGAAAACGACGACGAGGCAAGAGGAUCAAGUUGAAUUCUCGAGAUGCGAUCGGAAUCAAGAGGUGCAUUCGAAAAAAAAAAAUCCAUCCAGCAGCAGCAGCACCAGCAGUAGUAGUAAUCCAACGAAAACGUCUACCGACGACUCGGCGACCGGCGGUCAGAAAACAUUCCAAACAACCUCCAAUAACUCGACCGCCAGUAAUUCCAUGACAAACGAGAUGUCGAAGGUUAAAUCGAAAAUGGAGUUCCUCGUCUCUUGCAUAAAGAAGCACAGCUCCGACUCGCUCAAGUCGUAUCUGUUCAAACGAAGCGACAAAAAUGAGAGUAAAAUUCCCAGGAAUCCUUCUUCCCACAACAAGCCUAACAAAUACCUGCCUAAGAUGAACGCGUCGUACGAGGAUAUCAAGCCUGAUCCACCACCACCCCCGUCCGCCCACUGGUCCGAGAAGAUGAAGAAGAAGUCGAGUUACAACAAGUACAAGCCGACCAUCAAACCGACCACCAUUGAAUACAUCCCUUACGAGGAGUACAAGAAGAAGACGAAGACGUUGAAGAGGAAAUCGGACGAGGUGAAGAGGAUGCCUAAGAUCAUACACAUCGACGAGGACAGUUGCAGAUCCCCCAUGUGCAAGAAACGCGCCAUUUCUUUGAAGGAGAGGAACAAGAAGCCCAACUCUCGUUACCAAUUCUCGACAAUAGACAAAAGCGUCGAUUCGAAGAUCGACGUUUACAAGAAACCGAAUCGUAAAUCGAACAAAAAUCAAAGCGCGUGCGAGAGCAGGUUGCAGCAACAAGGUGACACGAAAUCGACGGACGGGCAUUUGAUCCGACGGAAGAGAAACGAGAAUUACAAAUCGAACGGUGAGUGGAAGAGUCAGAAGUACAAGGUUAGAUUGAAGAUCUACAAGACGAAGAACAGUUUGGAUCCGUGUUUGCCGGUAAUGGUCGAGGUGCGCCGUCAUUUUUGUGACGAGGGUGUAGACUUUAAGGGUGAAUCUGUUCCAUUUUUAAAUUUUAAAGCUUAAACGAGUUAGACUGAGCUUUAAAGAAUGUGUGUAUAAUUAGACAGUGUAUGAUAUCGUCAAUAUUUGGAAAAUUAAAAAAGAUGGUAGAAGUAAUUGGGGGGGGGGCGGAAAGAGAUGUGAUGAAAGUGUUUGUCACAUUAUGAUUUUUUUUAAAUUGUAUUAAUAAAUUGAUAUUAAAAUUCUUACUUGUAUUUUUAUUAUCUAUAUGCGUGUUUACAAUUUUCUAAUUCAUUCCUUCCUCUAUUCAUUUUGUAUAUCUUUCAAAAAGGAAAUUAUUUUCUCUUUCCAAUUAAUUAAUAAAAAAGUAUAUCUCGAUUUUCUUAAUUUUUCUCGCUUCGUAUGGGAAAAAUUGAAUAAAUAUUUUUCACAGAUUUAAAUAUCAUUUCGAAAAACGAGAUAUCUUUCCAAAGUGUUAAAUUGGAAAAUUGGAGGUAAAAUUUUCCACGAACAAAGAAACGAUUAACACGGCGUAGCUUUCACUUUUGAUUUAAUUACAUUGAAAUGUUCUAGAUGCAAAUUUCGAAAAUUUUCAAUUGAUUAAGAGUUCACGCUAGAUCGUGCUUCAUCGUAGAAAAUUUCUCUUCUCUAGCUUUUCCAACCAUUGUGCAAAUAUCCCUCUUAAUAAUAAUUAAAUUAUUUCGAUCGAAGAUUAAAAAUUCGAAUGAUAAAAAGUAGGCAAAAAAAAAAAAAGAAAAGAAAAUACUCGAUGAGCGACGAAAAAUUGUUUGGAUUGCGAAAUAAAAAAUUAGAGAUGGGAUAAAAUAUUUGACAGCAACAAUAGAGGAGCGUAUCCUUCGCUUCAACGCGAUAAAAGCAUACGAAACAAUACUUCAUCGCGGGAUUUAAGGCGCAUUCUUGGAACAAAGAAAUGUUCAGCUUGGGGGAAAAAAAAAAAAAAAAAAAAA